UGAACUUAUUACAAAUGUAAUCGAUAAUCAAGAUUUCACGCGUCUAACAAAAGUGAAUUUAUAAGAAAUCAUUAUUGGCGGGCCAACUCGUGAAAAGUUUUACACAAUGCAUUGCAACUUUUGCUUUCAGAAUGUAGUCGUUUAAAAAGAUGUAAAAUAAAUAUUUUAUUGAAGAAAUAUUUAUUGCCAAUUAAAAUAUGGAACGUAAAGCAGUGCCAGAUAAUAAUCCCUGGUCAAAUUUAAUGACUAUAACAAAAUUUGACAGAGGUAACAAUACCAAGACAACAAUUCGAUGGGACAGCAGAACUGAAACUCAAAACAAUGGACAAAUUGUUCCUGCAACUAUUUCUUCUAUCAGUCUUCUAAUUGAAUCGCUAAUUAAACAGAUAUGUACAAUGUUUGAAGGCGAUACUGUUCGGAGGAAUAAACUUUAUUUUAAGAUAUGUGAUAAGCUUCAUGAAAUAGGGUUAAUUGAUACAUCUUAUAAUUCAAUAGAAUUUGAAGGUAUAAGAGGCCAAUAUCAACAUGCACUAUACAGAUUAGUUGCAGUUGCACGUGCUGCUACUGGUAGUGAAAAUCCUUUGAAUGUCCCUAAUUGUCUGAUGGCUGAAUGGUCACGCUAUCGUAGAGAAUUUCAAGAAAUUAGUUUUAUUGCUAGUGGUGGAUUUGGUACUGUAUAUAAAGCAUUACAUCGUCUUGAUGGUAUUGAGUAUGCAGUGAAAAAAAUAGUUGUACAAUCUGGCCAAGUGAGUACUAUAAAACAACAUCUUGAAGAAGUCAAAAGUCUUGCCAAGUUAAAUCAUAUAAAUAUAGUUUCUUAUAAGACUGCUUGGAUAGAGCCUACAUUAGUAACAACCACUAUUCCAAGUUUACCAAAUGUAGAGAAUGAACGAAGCAAGAGCCAUUUUUCAAAACAUAAAGCAAGAAAAAGUAUAUCUUAUCAAUCAUGUAAAAAUAAUUUUAAUGAUAAUCGAUUGAUUUCCAAUAGUAGCAACAGUAAUGAAAAUUGUGGACAAGAUAUAUCGUUAAGGUCCAAUAAAGAAGUAUUUUACAAAACUGGUAUGUAUAUUCGUAUGGAGAACAAUGCUCAAAAACAUGAAGGUGGAAGUGCAGGUGGUUAUGUAAUAAGUCACGACAUUAUUAAUGAAAGAUUUCUUGAACUCAAUUCAUCGACUAAUAUUAUAGGACAAAGAAUAAUCGAACGCAGUAGUUCAGUCAGUACAGAAGAUACUUCAGACAUUGUAUCAUUUAGGAAUGAUAGUAAUGACAGCAAAAAUAAUGAUGAUCAUUCAAGAAGUAAUGCCAAUCAUAUAAUUAGUGACUCAAAUGAUGAAUCUAGUAGUGAUAACAAUCAAAUUUGUCAAUAUAAAUCACAAGUGGACUCUUGUUAUGCAACUUUAUAUAUUCAAAUGGCACUUUGUGAUAAGACAUUACAACAGUGGCUAACAGAAAGAGAUGAUCCUACUUCACAACUGACAAUUACUGAAAUAUUUACACAAAUUCUUCAAGGAGUAGAUCAUAUACAUUCUCUUGGAAUGGUACACCAUGAUAUAAAGCCAAGCAAUAUAUUCAUCACAGCACAUUUUCAAAUUCAAUUAGGAGAUUUUGGUUUAGCUUGCCCUUUGCAAAGAAAAAAUCAUAAUUCUGUGUUUGGUACACAUAUGUAUGCAGCACCUGAACAAUUAAAAGGAAAAUGCAAUCCAAAGAGUGACAUGUAUAGUAUAGGAAUUGUUCUGUUGGAGCUACUAACUUAUACAAAAACACAAAUGGAACAUUAUCGUAUUAUUGAUGAAUUGAAAAAAGGCCAAUUACCAGCAUCAUUAACUAAAAAUCAUCAAAAAUGGGCUCAUAUAAUCUGUCAACUACUAGAAGAAGAUCCCGAUAAAAGGCCAUCAACAGAUGAGUUGUUACAAAAUGUAACUGAAGAUAAAGAUAUGAUAAUAGCUCAAUUAAAAGAUGAUAUUGUCAAAAAAGACAAUGUAAUAAGAGAAUUAGAAGAACGAAUCACUGUAUUGCAGACACAUAUUACUGAACUUGAACAUAGGGAAACCGAUAAAAACUAUUAUAAUUGAUAUAUAUAUCAUUAAUAAAAUUUUACAUGAGAAUAAGAAGUAUCAUAGUAUUUCAGUAGAA